UACGAUAGCGCUGCAGAGGCAUCAGUGUUUUGUUUUCUAACAUCAUUAUAACAAACCUGAAAUAGAAAACAAACUCAAAGAAUAAAUCAUUCCUCUACGUUUGGAAUUGAUCUACAUUCAGGAUUUCAUAUUGUUGAGACCAUGUCUCAAAGAAGGCAAGCUACACACAGUAGCACACAAAGCACUCGGGGUACUACUAGAAAUACCUCGCCAGUUAAGCAAUCUACUAGAAACGCCGCGCAUGCCAGUCACACAAAUACCAAAAACUCUCCAUCUGCCAGCCAGAAAUCUCAGUGGAACGAUGAUGAAUACAUGACACAGUCUCAAGCAACUCAAAGCAAAGGCCUGACCCCUGAAGAAGAAAAUCAGCUAGUCGGAAGCGUGAUUAGAUAUUUAUUAGCUGCUGAGAGAACUAAGCAUGUCGUACAAAGACCACAAUUGAUUAAAAAUGUUUUUGGAACAUAUAAUAAACAUUAUCGCAAGAUUAUGACUAUAGUUAAAGCUACUUUGACUCAAGUUUUUGGUUUCAACCUGGUAGAAUUUGAAACUGGAAAAUACAUUCUGACAAAUGCUAUUACUAUGAAUCCUCCGCAUCUAUCCUGUCCGGAGAGCGAAAAACCCCAAAGAAUUUUACUGAUUUUGGUUCUCACUCAUAUUUUUAUGUUGGAUGGUAUAUGCAAGGAAGAAUUGUUAUGGGACUUUUUAAGAAAAUUAACAAUAAUUCCGAGAGACGGUUAUAAGAAUCAGAUGUUUGGUGAUAUACACAAAAUAAUCACUGUUGAUUUUGUAAAACAACAGUAUCUAGAAAUGCCCAAAAUAGGAUCGUCAGAUCCACCUGCAUAUGAGUUUCAUUGGGGUGUGCGUGCUGAGGAAGAAGUUUCGAAACGCCAUGUGUUGGAAUUCGUUUCAAAGAUGUAUAAUGAUCGCCCGAUCAAGACCUGGCCUAAACAAUGCAAUGCCUUGAAUGAGUCCGAACGCCGAAGCAUAGAGAGUGAAGACGAUAACUAAGGUGAACCUAUUGCAAAGAGUUAAACAAAUUGUUACGAAAAUUAAGAAAUAUGGAAGCACUACUAUUUUCGUCAAAAGGUUUUAACAGUGUCUGUCUAAUUAUUUUUGUCUCUUAUACUACGUACAUUAGUGUACUAAAUUUUUUGUAUUAUGGACUUUGUUUAUAA